GGGGGCGGUGGCGACGACAGCGACGGCAGUGGCGGCCGCCAUGUUGUGGUAGUUUGUUGUUCUGCCGUGGCGGGUGCGUGCGGAGGGGUGGCGGGAGGGCAAGCCACCUGGCGCUGAAUCCCAGCCCUUCCCCGUCUGCCAGCGCUCCACCGCUCCUGGGGGCGGCACGGGGCCGCUGCAGGGAGCCGCCGCCAUCUGGGCGAGGCGAAGAACUAUGGCUGCCGCCCUGGGAGGAGGUGCUGAUGAUGAUUUUGAUCAGUUUGAUAAGCCUGGUGCAGAAAGAUCUUGGAGAAGAAGAGCGGGAGAUGACGACUGGGACAGUGAACUUGAUGAUGACUUGCUUGGAGAGGAUUUGUUAACUGGCAAAAAGAAUCAGUCAGACUUGUCAGAUGAAGAGCUGAAUGAUGAUCUUCUGCAAAGUGACAACGAAGAGGAGCAAGAGUUUCGUUCUCAAGGUGUCACAGUUAGCCUCAAUGCUACAUCAGGCAUACUUACAUCAUAUGAACUCUCUGAGUCCAUCAACGAUCCAUCAAUAGAACAUGAGUCUGAGUAUGACCAAGGGGAAGAUGAAAUUGUUUAUGAUAAAUCUGAAGCACCUGAAGUAUAUGCUUCGGAGUAUGGAGAGGAAGGACAUUAUGAAAGCAACGAUCCUGAACUGGCAGAAGACCAAAUAGAAUAUGGGGAAGAGCCUGCAGAAGAAGAUGAAGUGCUAGACCUUGAAAUCAAUGAACCCUUAGAUGAAUUUACAGAUGAAGAUUAUAUGCAAUCAUACAAUGAGCAAACAAUGGAAGAACAAGAGGAAUAUACAGCUGAUGAGGAGCUGGAAGAAUCUCAGACAAUCGCUAAUGAAUCGGAAGAGGCGGCUAUUGAAUCUCUGGAACUUCAAGAAGAAACAAAAGAGGAAUCUGAUGAGGAAGAAGAUGAUGAUGAAGAGUCUGGACGGUUGCGUUUCAAAACUGAACGGAAAGAAGGAACGAUAAUCAGGCUCUCAGAUGUGACAAGAGAAAGGAGAAACAUUCCAGAAACUUUGGAACUUUCUGCAGAAGCCAAAGCAGCCUUACUUGAGUUUGAAGAGAGGGAAAGGCAGCUUAAACAGGGGCGGUAUGGCUCAAGGAGAGGAGGGCGAAGAGGAGGCUCAGUGAUGUGUCAUGGAAUGGGAGAACAAAGAAGAGAUAAUGAUAGGGGAAGAAUGAAGGAUCACAGGCCUGCACUGCUGCCAAACCAGCCAUCACCAAUGACUCAUUCACAGAGGUUAAUUCCAACACACCAGCAACCUGUUAGGAGUCUGUUCCAGCAGCACCAACAGCAGCAACAGCAGCACCAGCAGCAGCAGCAACAACAGCAGCAGCAACAACAGCAGCAGCAGCAACAGUUACAAUCUUUGCUUCCUUUACAGCAUCAGCAUCAUUCUUCUCCUCCUCCAGGGCUACAUAUGCCCCCUCAGAUAGAAACACCUAGAAUAAUGAUGACUCCACCUCCAGUGACACCUCAGCAACCGAAGAACAUACACAUAAAUCCACAUUUCAAGGGGACGGUAGUGACACCUGUACAAGUGCCCUUGCUGCCAGUUCCAGCUCAGCCAAGACCUGCUGUAGGACCCCAGAGAUUUCCUGGCCCUCCAGAUUUUCAGCAGCACACGCCUGGACCAGUUCCUACCAACUUCUCCCAAGCCCCAAGGCUGCCAAUCCAGGACCAGUGGAGAGGGCCACCACCACCACCACCACCACUCCCUCCUCCACCUCCUCAGGAAAGAGAUCCAUUCUUCCUAGCAGAUCCAAGGUUUCCAAGUCAUCACUUGUUCGAGCAGCGAAGCCCCCCACCACCACCACCUCCCCCGCUUCUUAACAGCACUCACCCGGUCCCUGCACAAACCCCGAUGCCGUUCAGCCAGCCCGGGCCAGCGUUCAAUCAGCAGGGACAGCAGCCCGUGUUUCCCAGAGAGCGGCCUGUACGGCCCAACAUGCAGCCUCAAGGUCCUGUGGGGAUUCUCCACUUCAACCAGCCGGGCUCGGCAAAUCCGCGGCCAUUCAUCCCUCCCAGGCAGCAGUUCCUGCAGGCGCCGGGGCAGCCGUUCCUGGGCCACACGCAGCCCAGCAUGCAGGGUCCUUUGCAUCCUCCACUACAGCCUCAGCCACAACCUCAGCCUCAGCAGCACCAUCACCAGCAGCAACCGCAACACCAUCACCAGCAGCAGCAGCAACACCAUCAUCAUCUCCAAGGGCCACCACAGCCCUUGAUGCCCAUGAACCAGCCACAAUUUAGGCCUCAUAUGCAGGCCACACAGCAGCAGCCAAAUAACAACAGGAUGCAGUGUCAACCACGACAGGGUCCAAUGAAGCCGAGGCAUAAUACAGCAUCACAAAAUAUUGUCAAGCGUCCAAAUCAGCAGCUACAGUCAACUGCUCCAAGAAACAGUAACUUGCGUGAGCUGCCGAUUGCACCGUCACACGCUAUGGAAAUGAGUACCAACAGGCGAUCCUCUACCCCGGCUGCUCAGGUCAAACCCAUUACCAGCACCAUGUCUGCCACCAAGUCUGGAGCUGGCGUUGGAAACUCACAGGGAAGGCCCGAGAUGAGAGCUAAACCAAUCACACCAGUGGGCCAAGCAAAAUCAGAAGUAAAAUCUGAACCAGAGCAGAACCAGUCUCCCAUUAGGAGAUGGAAAAAAAAGUGGAAGAUUGGCAAGGCUAUGUAUCCAGAUGAAGAUGAGGAAACCAGAUUGUAUCGUUUGAAGAUAGAAGAGCAGAAGCGUCUAAGAGAAGAAAUUCUGAAACAAAAGGAGCUGAGGCGGCAGCAGCAGGCUGGUGCUAGAAAGAGAGAAUUGCUGGAAAGACUUGCGCAGCAGCAGCAACAGCAACCUCCUACGCAACAGUCCUACAUGCAGCAAGAGGAUGACUCCUCCAACUUCCCCACCAAUGGCAGCCCUUACAUACCCCACUCUGGCUUACAGACCAGGCAAAAUGUGAAAAACAGACUCCUUGUUAAAAAGCAAGAUACAGCAGUUCCAAAUAUUCCCCCCAAACCCACAGAUUUCCCCCAGGUCGAGGCGAAUAUGCCAUAUCAAGGACAGCAGAUGAAGCCAGUGAAGCAGCUGAGGCAGACUAGAACAGUACCUCCAAGUCAGCCUCAGGUGCUGCAGAAAGCAUUGCAGACAAAACCAGCCGCAGCAUCGCUGCCCUCCACACAGACUGCUCGAGUGGCUUCGGUACAAGCCAGGCCGCAGGACCCGAAACCUGCUGUGAAAAGGACUGUAAUGCAACGGACAAACAGUGGAGAUGGGCCCCAUGUCGGCAGCAAAGUCAGGGUGAUUAAGUUGUCAGGAGGGCAGGGGGGAGAGGAUGCUGGCUUUUUUCACCCAGAGGGCCAGCCCCAGCGGCCUCAACAACCCCCGGAGCCGAAACAGCAGCCAGUGCGGAAGGUCACAUUGACAAAGGGAAUGCAACAGCAGCAGCACCAACAGCAGCAGGCACAGAUCCAUUCACCAGCUCCUCAAGGAGUCAAAAACAUCCAGGGAAUUCAUCAGCCUAAAAAGGUCAUUAUGCAUGGCAGAGGCAGAGGAGUAGCAGGCCAGAUGGGCCGAGGACGCUUGAUGCCAAAUAAACAGAACCUGCGAGUGGUGGAGUGCAAACCUCAGCCCUGUAUCGUGUCAGUUGAAGGGCUUUCUUCAUCAACUACUGAUGUCCAACUGAAAAACCUGCUGAUGUCAGUGGGACCCAUUCAGAGUUUACAGAUGCUUCCUCAGCAACGGAAAGCCAUAGCAAAAUUUAAGGAGCCAGCGCACGCAUUAGCAUUUCAACAGAAAUUCCACAGGCACAUGAUAGAUCUGUCUCACAUAAACGUGGCACUGAUAGUUGAGUGAUGUCUGCUGAGAGAAACCCUGACACUAACAGAAACGUACAGUGGAACUACGUGAGGCACAGUGGCAAAACCGUCAGGUUGCGAAACCCUUCAGCUUAAUCUUUAACUGCUGUGGUGAACUACAGAAAGCAGCAAGAUGUCCUUCAGAAGAACUUGAGAGGAUCUGCAGAGGUCGAAUUUCUGUUCGGUUUGUUCACGUGCUGUUGUGACCGCGUGGAACUACAGAUUUUUCUUUUUUCAAAAUGCUUUCAAUGCAUGUAGACACUGUUCUUCAGGAUCCUGCUGUGUGACCACAGUGACUUGAGAGAGAACGUUUACAUCGAAAGAUUUAAAAACUUUCUUCAUGGCAAAGAAUAUUUGAUAAUGGUUGCUCUUAUCUUCAGCGUGAGGUGUUUGAAUGAAAACUCACUUUUCUAAGCAAAACACAUUAGUUAUGUGGUGUAUGUGAGAGCACAGAAGGUAUUCUUGCAUAGAUUUAAAUGUGGCCUGCUCCACCGAAUGCUGAGAAGCUUUGGAGGUGACACUGGAAAAUUAUAGUUUCAUUCUAUGUAAAUAAGUCCAAGUCUGUCUUUGCAUUUUUCUAUUCCAACACAGACUUCCAUUUUCUCCUCCCAACUCCACUUAUUCCAUAAAACCCUCUGUAGGAACAACAUUGCUGUAUUUUCCCUUGGUUUUUAAAAAAAGCACCUUUGCCCUUCAGUAGCACCGUGGGGUAGUGAACUCCCAAGUUGUGACUAGGUUGUUUUAAAUGACAUUGCCAGGUACAAGGAAAAACAAAUAUUUGGUGGCUCACUUCUCAACUGUGACACAGGAAGAGUGGCAUAUUCCCAGUAGUUCUUUUGGGUUGGCUUUUCACGGUUGCCUUUUGUUUUAUUUUGAUUAGCUUUUUCUUUUCCUUUGAGAUUUAUUUUGCGACUAACACUGAACCGUAAGAAGAAACCCAUAACUGGAAGGACUUGGUUUGGUGUUUUGUUCCCGAUAAAUACAGGACUGUAAGAACAUUGGGAAUCUGUUGGUGAACGUAGCAGUUUCCAAAAGUUAAGUGCAAACAUGAAGGAACUUACAUUUUAUUCCAAGUUAAAUCCGUAGUAUUUCCUUUUGGUUAGAACCAUCUAGAUGGUGUUGCCAAAGGAACAGGUUUUUUUUAGUUACUUCCGAAUAAACUUAUUAAAAUGUCAUCUUUAUAUUGGAUUCCAGUUUUUAUGAGCAUUUCCAUAGUUUUAGACUGUGAGCUUUUGCUUCAUCCUUUAUUUUAGGAAUAGUCUUAAGCACUCCACCUACUAUGUGAAGAGGGAGGAGUUAGAGAAACCUUAAUAGGUUUGUGACCUGAGUGACUGCAGAAGAACAUUGUUGGUAUGUAAUGAGACAACUGCAAAUGGGGUGUAAAAGGCAUGCCAAGCUUGGAAGGAUGAACUAAGCAAGUUUAUAGUACCACAGAUUGAUUUGGGUUUGUUUUUUUUUUUUUUUAAAUUUAAUGGUAGCCAAGUCACAAAGCCCUAGUUGGCUUUCUUACAGUUUUGAUCCAGAUUGUCAAUUAAGUAGAAGUUACUAAAAAUAAUGAUUGAAUGGCAAAUACUGUCAGAAGUCUCCUAGGUAAAACUACUCUUUGUUUAUUGAAAUAAUACACAAUAAUGUAGUACUUUAGAAGUAUUACACUGGGGACAAAAAUGGAAAGAAUGCUCUUGAGUCCACUUACAACUUAGUAACGAGACAUGAUCACGUCAUGAGAUUUUGAUGUGGAAGUGAGCUCUACGCCUGUGGGUAUAGUUCCCCAUUUAUGCACGGUACAUUUAAUGACAUCAGCACAAUUACUACAUGUACAGUGCUGUUUAGUGCUUUGGGGCAGAGAAUGAGCCACAGGUAGGAAGUGCCCGGUGGGAGCCGACCCUGAAGACUGAUGUGAGGUGAUGUCCCCCAUGAGUGCUGUGACCCCUGCACUGCCUCCUCAGGUUGUGUGUUUUUUCUCUUUGUUUAUUUCUUAUUGUUAAAACAAGUCAUUAAACAGUUAUUCGUUCUGCUGUUAAGAGAGCAGCUUCUCUGUAAUGAGAAGGAUGGGAAGACAUCUGAGUGCAGCAGUAAUAGUUCGUGUCUGGAAAUCUGGGUUAGAUGCAAAAGCUAGACAGGCCAGCAGCUGAGUUCAGCAGUAGAAACAUCUGCAGUUGAUCAGCUGUCCUGUCAGAAGCAAACGUUAUUGGGGUUAAAGGGUGUCUUGGAGCCUAAGAAUAUGGGUUUGAUUCAAAAGUCAAAGAAGUUUGUAGAAGUGCUCCUACUUUGGGUUUUGAAUCCAUCCCAAAGAGGCUGAGGUUCAGCCAGCUACAUUUAAAGAAUUUUUAUUCAGCUGGGUUUUUAAAAAUACUUUUUUUGAGACAAAUGUGUGGCUUUGGAAUGGAAUCGCCUCAGAUCAAUUUAAAUGUAGGAGACAAUGUAAGCAAUGCCUGUUUAAUGACUAGAUGCAUCCUCUUUAAAGGCAGUUGCAGUAGAUGAUUGCUUGUGCACAGGCAGAGGAUGGGUGGUGGUGGCGGUGACUUCAGCUGCUUACUGCAGUACCUGGGUACCUUCCUGUGUGUAAACACGCUAUAUGUAUGUAUGUCUAUAUGCAUUUUACUAUACACAUACAUACAUACUCACACCCUCUGUCCACCAUAUCUCUCUAAGAUCUUAAACUCAGUAGCAAAAGUAGCAGUUAGGUGAGUCAUUUGUUAAAAUGUUUGUGUUUUGCUAGUUCUUCAGUCCUAACCUAAAAAUGGAUCUCUUGGCGAUGAUCAGUUUGCGUGAUACAGCUCUUUCAGAUCCAUUUGUUGUCUCCUCCCAAAAAACCCCCAAAGGAAGUAGAGGUAAAGCUAGAUGGACCUGUUCUUGCCAUGUUCUCUUUCAGCGCACAGUUAAAUCUGAGCAUCUUAAGUUAACUUUCUUGGAAGAUCUGUUGCAACCAUUAUCUUGUUCUUUCUUUAUCAUGCAUUCAAAAUAUGAUGCAAAAUGGAGGGAAAAAAGAGGUGUUUAAUGUAGUAUGUAAAUAUUGACCUUUGAAAAUUAAAAUGUUACUCAAAGUGCUUACAGUCAACCACAUCUUAGCUAUUUGUUAGUUUUUUUGUGUUGUCUUAAUCUAAGUUUAAUGGAUGCAGUUCCAUAAAUGUUAAUGUGUUUUUUGUGUAUAUCUUCAAAUUUUUAUAAAGAUACUAGUAAGUCAAUACAUAUAUCCUGAUCUGUGUAUUAUUUGUUCACAGUUUUUAUUAGCAUACUUUGAUAAUGAUUUUACUAGGCAACUCCAGUAUAUGGAGCCAACUUUCCCUCCCCUCCCUGCCCCAAAGUAUUCUGUUUUCAUCUUGUAGCACUGGAGAAUUCACUUUAUAACUAAGAUUUUGCCUUGACUAAAGGUUGGGUUGGCCGUAUGAUCUGUGAUAUUUUAGUACAAUGUUCUACUUCUUUUAAUUAAAAAAAAAAUUCAAAAUCUCUGUCCUUUAACUUAUGAGGGGGAAAUACAGUGCACUGUCAGGCCACGGCGUGGGGUUUCUAGGCUUGUUCCGUUGUCCUGUACAAGUGCAAAUUAGGUCUGUUUGUGUAAUAUUGUUCUCAAAAGUGUGGGACAUUCUGGUUUUACCCGUGAUUUGAACUGGUGUAACACAUUGAUUCAUCCCAAUGUUAGCAACUGAUGUGGCACGUGUGGUGUAUGAUGGAACUGUGUGCAGGGUUGGAAAAGCUCAGUGUCUUCGGUGCUAGGCAGGAGGAGGACAGGUCUGUAGCAUCUUCAUAGCUGAAGGAGCUGCCAUGCUUUAUCUCUUCAGUAGUGCUAGAGAAUAAAUUUAGACAGGGAUAUUGGGUUUGGCCCACUAGGACUGGCACCCCCUCUGUAAAGUGUCUUCAAAUACCUAGCUUAUUCCCCAGUUUAAGUCUGAAGAUUCACUUCAGAUUUCCAAGGUUCUGUAAAAGAAGUCUUUCUAGCCAUUAAAAUGCCAAAGAGACUGACCAUUUUAGUCCUUGAUGUUGGGUUACCACUGCAAGGAUGGGCAUUGUUUUUUUUUUUUAAAGAAACUAAGUUAUUUCAGAAGAACCUUCAAGGACCUUCAUCGGAUUUUCUUAUUUAGCUACUCAGGAUAAGGGAAAAACCCCUUCUACUUAGUGCUGGGUUUUUUAUCUUUUUUUAAACAUAAUCUCUUUGAUCUGUUCAGCUCAAAGUGGUGCCAUUGUCCCAGAAGCUGCUGUAGGCACUUCCUACGGUCCCACACAGGAGCUGUCUGUCUGCCUGUGUGUGUGGCUGCAUUGCCCUUGCAGCUGGGGUGA